AUGGUCAAGAAUAAGCCGUCAAGCGCUUCUCUUCACAAAGCUGCCAUGGAGAAACAGACUGCUUCUGACGAGAAGGUCACCCAGGAGCUGUUGAUGGGUGAAUUUGCCAAAAUGAAAUUGGCGGCUUCUAAGCCUACCGACCCUAAUAAUGGGGAGUCUUUCACAGCCCGUGAAAGUCUACCAAUUCGUUCCCUUGGGAGUGAUUCAUGGGGCCUUCCAGGUUCCAUCGACUCGGAAGACCGCUUGGGACAGGAGAAGAUUGAGACACUCUUCGAGAAGAUGAGAAAAUCUUACCAAUCCCCAUCCGCCGAGACGGAAAUUAAUGCUACGAGUGGUGCACAAACUUUGUUCGAAGCAUUCCACUCACCUAAUGAUUCUCUUAUUCCUCGCAAUCUUGAUACCAAAGCGCCCAAUGCCGCAAAGCAUGCGACCAUUCUCAAAGAUCCCGAAGAAUAUGCAGAACCGUUCAUUAACUUCAUGACGGAGAACCCAACAGUUUGGCAUGCUAUUCAGUAUUGGGAGAACAAGUUGGAGGACGCUGGGUUUACCAAGCUUUCUCCGCGUGAUUCAUGGAACGGCAAGCUUGCGCCCAACGGAAAAUACUACGUGAACCGCAAUGGAACAUCCUUGAUUGCAUUUUCCGUUGGUGGUGCAUACAAAUCUGGGAAUGGAAUAGCAAUGGUUGCCGCACACUCCGAUUCUCUCACAGCUCGUCUAAAGCCCAUCAGUACCAAACACAAUAAAGCUGGAUUUGUACAGCUCGGAGUUGCUCCUUAUGCUGGCGCAUUGAAUGAAACAUGGUGGGAUAGAGAUCUUGGUAUUGGUGGUAGAGUUUUGGUCAAAGAUGAGAAAACUGGAUACAUAUCUCAAAAAUUGGUAAAACUGGGUUGGCCGAUUGCGCGCAUUCCAACUCUAGCUCCCCAUUUUGGUGUUGGAAUGUUUGGUCAGAACAAUAAGGAAACACAACUUGUACCAAUAAUUGGUCUCGAUAAUUCCGAUAUUGAAUCUUCGACUUCAUCCUCAUCAUCCGAGCAAUUUCAAACAUCAAACAUAUCCGGUGCAAAAUCUUCAUUUGUCUCCACCCAACCACCAAAACUUGUCAAUCUUAUUGCCAAAGAAUUGGGCAUUGAAAAUAAAGAAACCAUCAUCAAUUGGGAACUCGAACUCUUCGAUACCCAGCCAUCUCAACUCGGUGGGCUCGACAAGGAAUUUAUCUUCUCAGGACGUAUUGAUGAUAAAGUUUGUUCCUGGUCUUCCAUCGAGGCACUGCUCUCCAACUCUUCCUCUGAAGAUUCCAAAUCAUCUGGUAUCAUUUCCAUGGUUGCUCUUUUCGAUGACGAAGAGAUUGGCUCGCUCUUGCGUCAGGGUGCAAGGGGCAAUUUCCUCCCCGGAACAGUUGAACGUGUUGUGGAGUGCUUUAAUGAUUCCACCUACAGUCCCAACAUUCUGAUGGAAACGUAUGCGAAGUCUUUCCUCGUCUCCUUCGAUGUUACACAUGCUACAAAUCCUAAUUUCUUGGAAAAAUACCUCGAGAAUCAUUGUCCUAGACUUAAUGUAGGAUUGACAGUUGAAGCAGAUAGUAAUGGUCAUACCACUACGGAUUCUGUCUCAACAGCUAUUUUCCAGAGAUUGGCGGAGAAAUGCGGACAAAAGUUGCAAACUUUUAUGAUCAGAAACGAUUCUAGAUCGGGAGGUACGGUAGGACCGAUGUUGAGUUCUGCAAUGGGCGUUAGAGCUAUUGAUGUCGGAAUCCCCCAACUUAGUAUGCAUAGCAUCAGAGCAACUACAGGAUCUCAGGAUCCAGGAUUGGGGGCUAAGAUGAUUGAGGGCGUUUUCGCAGGGUGGGAAAGUGUUGACGAGGAGAUUGCCGGAGGUAAAGGAUGGUAG